AAGAAAUGUUGAUGCUCGUUGACUGUUCCAACUGCCGGACGCCACUACAGCUGCCGGCGGGAGCCAGGUCCAUUAGGUGCGCCAUCUGUCAAGCCAUUACACGUGUAGCUGAACCCCGCAACCUCCCUCCGCCGUUGCCUACUCAGCCUUAUGCCACUUCUUCCAACAACCACCAUGCUCCAUCUCAGCCGCACCGGCCACCACCGGUUCCAUCACCGUACAAUCAAGCAUCGUCCGUUGGUCAAACACAGUCGGUCAACGGGCGGAAGAAGGCCGUGAUCUGCGGAAUAUCGUACAAGAGAACGAAGCACGAGCUAAACGGUUGCAUCAACGAUGCAAAGUGUAUGAAGUACUUAUUGAUCAACAAAUUCAAGUUUCCAGAAUCCUCUAUUCUCAUGCUCACCGAAGAGGAAUCUGAUCCUUAUCGGAUUCCAACAAAGCAUAACAUCAGGAUGGCCAUGUUCUGGCUCGUACAAGGUUGUCAGCCUGGAGACUCGUUAGUGUUCCAUUUUUCUGGUCAUGGUUCCCAACAAAGGAACUACACUGGUGAUGAGAUUGAUGGAUUCGAUGAGACACUGUGCCCAUUGGAUUUCGAGACUCAAGGAAUGAUCGUUGAUGAUGAGAUAAAUGCGACUAUUGUUAAACCACUACCUCAUGGUGUUAGGCUUCAUGCCAUUAUUGACGCUUGUCAUAGUGGCACCAUGUUAGAUUUGCCGUUUCUUUGUAGAAUGGACAGGAGUGGAAGGUAUGUAUGGGAGGACCAUAGUCCUCAAUCGGGAAUAUUCAAGGGCACAAAUGGAGGUGAAGUCAUCUCCUUCAGUGGAUGUGACGAUGAUCAAUCCUCCGCUGACACAGCUUCUCUGUCGAAGGUGACUUCAACUGGAGCUAUGACAUUUUCAUUCAUACAAGCAAUUGAGCGUGGGCAUGCAACUACUUAUGGUGAUAUGCUGACCUCAAUGAGAACCACCAUUCGUAGAAAUGAAAGUGAUACGGGUGGUGGUAGCGGUGGUGCUGUGACCUCUCUCCUUGGUAUGCUUUUAAGCGGAGGAAGCCUUGGCGGUGGUUUGAGACAGGAACCACAACUUACAGCCAGUGAACCAUUUGAUGUUUAUACAAAGAGAUUCUCCCUUUAACUAGUAAUCUUGGGAUCUUUCCAUGUACAGUUUUUUCCAUCAUAUUUAAUGACACAUUCCAUGUGGGAUUCUGGGUUCAUUUUUAUUGUAUGUGCUUUCUAUUUAUAUUUAUUAUUAAUUGAAGGAUACGAUAUUUGUCCACUCUUUUUAUUGUUUCAUUUUCCAGAAUAUAGGGUUAUCGCACCAAA